GACGAAGUGAUAGACAAGGUGACAACAAAACAAGGCUCUCAGCCUGUACUUCUCUGGCUCUACCAGACCGUUCUACCAAUAUUUUUUGGUCAAUGGGGAUACAGGGGAACUUUGCACCUCACACCUCAAAUUCCCUCUUACCACCAAGCGACUACACUUCCAUGUAUGGAUAUCAAGAUCAGAGCAGCUACUCCAGGUAUUCGCCUCAAGUUACAGAUUCAUCGGGGAGGUCAGUAUCUUAAGCGAGAAAUAUUCGAAGGCACGGCUUGCAGGAUAAGAUCUGCCCCUAGUGAUAAGGUCGAAAAUAAUGUUAUCACAACCUCGCAUGCAGGUGAUAGCACCAUGGGCCCUGCUCAAGGUCUAGUUGAAGUGAUCGAUUAUCUGUGGUCUAGAAACAGUAAAUGGCACAUGGCGACAAUGGCCUUACUGGAACAGAACAGUAAGACCAAAGAGGAGUUCUAUGCAAGGCUUAUACGAGCAACGGAACCCUAUGAAAAAUAUCUGGCCGUAUCAGACUUACAAAGGAAAGAGUGUCUUGCUUUGUUCCGCCGAUUCCCUCUAUGUGCGAUCAAGCAUUUGAAAGAUCGGCUUGGAGAAAUAUCUCCCUUUGGCAACAAGUAUUUGAAAUGACAAGUUUUUAGUCUUCAAUCCCGGCAGAUGUGUCUUAAUUGUGUAAUAAAAUGCGACUUGCACCAAUAAAAUCCGCAGAAACAAAGUAAUAUUAGAG